UUCUUUUUGGCAUGGUUUUUCAAGUGGAUCUCAUAAGACAUCAUCCUUUUAGCUUUAUUGAUGUUUGAAGUUUUACUUAUGUUGUUCCAAAACAUAGGAAAGAAAUUCUUAUCUUUUCCUUUUAUGAAAAGCGUAAAUCAAUAACAAACUCGGCUUCUUCUCUUAUGAAAUACUUUACUUCAAACAUCAAUAAAGAUAAAAGGAUGAUGUCUUAUGAGAUCCACUUGAAAAACCAUGCCAAAAAGAAAGAAGAACUGGUAAUACCGGUAAAUAUUUAUUAUGUACUGGUAUAACGAUGAUAAUGAAAAGUCCAGAACAAAAUUAACGUAUAAAUAUCCACAGUUCACCAUUCAUUAAAUUGUUGAAAUUAAAGUUUUGUAUCAAAUCUAAAUUCGUAAGUGGAGAAACAUAGUUAAAAUUGAAUCUGAAGUAGCAGCUACCAUUUCUUCAGAUUGAUCAUUAUGCUUUCAUACAUUGUUUUGGUUUUGACACUGCUUUACUGCAGUUGUUCGCCAUUCGUUAGCAGUGGGGGUGAUAAUAGUCGUAGUUUACCAUCUAAUCAAGGUUUAUUGAAAUUAUUCGAUAAAACAUGUCAGAAUUUGUAUGGUCUUCUGACGUAUCCACGUCAAUACAAAUGUUAUUAGUUUAUCUCCAUUGAGAGUACGAGUUGAAGUUGAAAUUACCUCACCUGCAAGAGGAACGGAAGAAACAUUUACAGCUGAGGGUAUGGUUUGUCAAAAUGGUUAUACAAAAGCUGUUGGUCAAGCUGUUUGUCGUGCAGAUGGUGGUAAAACGUAUAUUGGUGCCUUUACCGGUGCUGCAUGGUCACCACGGCCACCGAGUGAUCCGAAUCAUAAAGAAGAUCUUUGCUAUUUUUAUUACAGUGGUGAAUCAUUGUUAGUUCCAUGUACAUUUAUUCUGGAUAAAUUAGAUUGUGCAGAUGGUGAAACUCCGAUAGAAACAGCUUCUUGUGAAGCUUUUACAAAACCUGCAGGUAUAUAGCUAUAUAGAUUUAGAGACAUUUACAUAUUAAGACAUAUAGAUAUACAGAUGUAUGGAUGUAUAGAUGUUUAGAUAUAAAGAUGUAUAGAUGUGUGGAUGUAUUCGGAUAAUUAGAUAUUUAGAUAUAUAGGUGCAUCAGAUAUAAAGACGUAUGAGCAAAGCUUUAUAAAACAUCGUUAGACGCAGUUUUUCACGGUGAUUACAGAUCUGGAGUCAGAAGGCCUCAUUUGUUUUGAGGUUUAGAUGCCAAAGUUGUUUUUAUUUUCUAAAAGAUGUUUUGGCGCUUAUUUUGUGAGCAAUUUUAUGCCCAUUUAAUCUAACUCCGAAAAUUUAUUUUUAGCUGCAUGGGAGGAAACGCACCUCAAACUAUCUGCCUAUGUGCAAAUCAGAGCUUGCUAAGUAGUUCUGUGACAGAAGAAAUAUAUACCAAACCAUCUGCAAAGAAGAGCAAAAAACGGUGAAAUACCGUAACGGUCACUUUUAUUCGAUUUCUUCUGCCAGAGAACUAGUUCAAGAAAAACUCAGUAGUGAUUCUGAUAGGCCAAUCGGUGAGCUUUAAUUUGGUAAUUAAGCGAUCAUUCUAAAAUUAAUUUAAGGCUGAAUAAUUUACAUUUUACCGGAAUGCCCCGAAAAAAACUUCCAUUUUUUGAAAUUCCGUAACGGUCUCUAUUUUGACCGAUUCUCAUCUCACCGCCUAAUAUAUUGAUAAUACAUUUUUUAUAUUAUCAGAAUAAAUUGAGUGCAAAAGACAUUCACUAAAAUUAGCACAAAAAGUUAUCUAGACAAAACUGAUAUACAAGCCCAAUUUCUAAAGAUGUGAAUAUCAAAUAUCUGAAGAUCAAACGCACUGAAGUUCUAAAGAUCUGAUAAUCCUU